AAGGGUCACGGAAAUUUGACCUCUCCCACACAUUGUUAUGUUAGGCACCUGCAGGCAAAAAUUAGAGGACGCCAACUAGCGUACACAACGGCAACGUUGCACGGCUGCACGAUGAACUCGCCGUUUAUUUGGUCAGGGGUUUGGGGAUAAUGUAGGAGAGUUUCUUGCUGUGGUCCCAUAACAGGUGGCGCGGAAACAACGUCAUGGAAACAAAGGUGUCCGUGGCCGAUCUGGAGUUCGUGUCCCACCGACUGCUGCCGAGGGAAUGGAGAACGCUCGGCCGGAAGUUACUGACUACCAUAGACCCACACUUCCCCAACGUAGAGGGCAUCCUGGGUAAUUUGGAAUUCACCCAUCAGGAUGAGGGUGCGCGGAAGAUGGCCUUACAGACCAUGCUCCGAUGGCAGUCUAUGUGGGGAGACAAAGCAACGGUUGCCUUACUGGUGGGGGCGUUGGAAGACUUAGGCAUGCUGGGUAUCGCCUCUGGUCUCAGAGAGAUGGUCGCUGAAAGGAACGAUCCAACUCCGCAGAGAGGUCCAUACAGUGUGGUCAAAAUGAAAGAAUGUGAUCCAGUAGUCCACUUGUGCAGAGAGGCUUUGAAGAACCAUUACUUCACGAUGUACGAGAGUAACGUCCCUUUGGUGUGGAGAACCUUCGGGUUCAACGUACAUACAACAUACAUCCCCCUGCAGGUUGUCCGUUUGGACCGAGCUCCGACCGAAAGGCUCAGAUCACAACUUGACGUGGAAGUGCCUCUCGACCAGCACAGUGUGCUGUUUCACGGCCCCGCUGGAAUAGGGAAGACCCACUUGUGUUGCAAGAUGGCCCGUGACUGGGUCUCCGAGAAAGAUCCCAGACUUAAGAACGUCCAGCUUUUAUUUGUCUUGUCCGCAACGUCCAUGGGAAAGGGCGACAUUCUCGACGCCGUGUAUGAUCAAAUCUUUCCCGCUGGUUUUGUCGACAAAGUGCCCAAGAAAAGGCUAGAGCAGUGGGUAAAGGCGAAUGCAGGUGGCGUCAUGUUCGUUGUGGACGAUGUGGACGCAGUCGAAGAAAACUGUUCAUCACGAGAUGUUAAGAAGAGCCCGGUUCACUGUUACAUCAAGGGGCAAUACCUGCGUAAUACCAGAAGGGUUCUCACUUGCAGACGCUCAGCUAUGACAGACUGUAACGCUACGUCAGAAACGACGUCUAUGCUACCCCAUUAUCUCAUCAACGGCUUCUCUGAAGGUGCUGUAGAUGAAGUCAUCAGUAAGUUCUUUGGGCGGAGCGAUGAUUCCCGAGCAAGGGGAAGGCGGCUUAAGGAAACCGUUAGCUCCGACGACUACCUGUCCGGUGUUGUGCAGAACCCCAUGUACGCCCUCAUGGUGUGUGCGCUGUGGGAGAGAGGGAAGUCUCCACCGACUAGUCUUGCCCAGCUAUUCGAACAGUUCAUCGUCCUGAUCUCAGACGAAUACUGCAGUAGAAAGACCCCGCCCAUGACGACGAAAUCAAUGCAAACGACGCUUUGCAGUGUAGGUAAGUUAGCGUGGAGUUCAUUCCAAGAGGGGACAAGACCCUUGACACACCAGCACAUACAAGACGUCAUUGGAAACGACGUGGUGACGGACAUGGGACUGUUACAACGUGAUCAACGUGUAAGGGAAGACGACCGAUACGUAUUCGUUCACAGAAUCUUCUGCGAAUACUUUGCUGCAAAGCACGUCUCCGCGGCGUCUGCAGCAGGCGACCAGGCCAAGGAUCUACAGGCCCUGUGGUCCACAGGAUGCAGACAUAACCACAGAUACGGAAACGCGUACUUGUUUGCAGCGGGACUUCUUGGAGACAAGUCGCACGAUCUCUUCGCCGCCUUUAAGUCCAACUUCUCUGAGAUGACCAAGCAGGAUUCUCCUCCUUGCUGCCAGAGUACAGCUAUCAGCCAAGCUUGCUUGGCAAUUGUAGAGUCAGGAAAUCCCAACAUAACUGCUCCUCUUGUGGCUAAAGCGCUUCCAAGAGAUCUUGCCCUUGACUUCCAAGGAAAACCUCCACCACCGGACGUUCUUCACGGACUUGCUGAGUUGAUCACGACCAAGCAUGUCCCAAAGACCAUCCGUCUGAAACAUCUGUGGUUCACGGAACCCGGUAGUCUUCUCCAUCUUGGAGAAGCGCUCAAGCGCUCAAAGGGUCUGUCGUCCCUCCAUGUCGAUGUUACCGGAAUGGAUAUGUCCUUGUCUCAUCCAGAGAGGAACAACAACGCGAUGGUGGCCUUCCACCGUUGCCUCGCCGAGAACAGGGGCAUAGCCUGUUUGGAAAUCAGCGCAGACAUAAACGACAUGGACGAAACUGCAGUCGUCGCUAUACCAGAGGUCAUCAAACGUAAGCCUGACCUUCUCGACCUUAGGCUCGUCAUCAAUGCGUCCGAGGCGUGUUCGACCCGAUGCAGAAACAUGGUCGCAAAAGGGUACAAGAUCGCAUGUAAACGAGAGAAGAAUAUCACAGUGUUCAACGAAAGUCUAGCUGACGCGUUGGGGAAGAACAAGACACUUAGGUCCAUAUGGAUCAGCGUCCAGCUUUUGCAACAUAAACUAGCCCUUGAGCUUGUGGCACCUGCUAUUGCCUCUCAUCCGUGUAUCAGCUCACUCAAAGCAUUUGGACACCCAAGCGAAGAGAGCCACGCACGUGGCCAUGGAAUUGAAGCGUUGGCCCACAUCCUACUCAAAAGCAAAACUUUGAAGUCUUUCUCCCUCAGUCUACCAUCUUUGGUUAGUGACACAAGUUGUGACGCCUCCAGCCAACGAGUGAACAUCCUCUGUGCUGCCUUGAAAGAAUGCCGGACUUUGGAAAAGUUGGAUCUUUCGUUUACUUAUUUGUUCGCCAGGGAAAAGCUUCUCCUGGCCGAAGUCGUCAUGUCCGGCCGGUCGCUGAAGGAAGUGUCGCUGUCCUGGAGGAACAUGAACGAAGCGUUCCUGGUCGCUUUCUGCAGAGCAGUUCGGGGGAAGGCCGCGGGGAGUCUGAGGAAGAUCGCGCUGUCAGGAGCGUUUGACUCCAGGGGGCUGGUCAGACUCGGGAAGACGAUCCUGGCCAGCCAGAGUCUCGCGGAAGUCACGCUGGGUCACAGCAGGUUUCAGGACAAGGGGCUGGAGGAGUUCAUCGAUGAGGUAAUGGAAGCAGUGGCGUCCUUUUCCGACGAAAGAGACGCGCCUCUCCAGGUCACCCUGCAGGGAGACGUGAGCGGAGACUGCGCCCAUGACGCCAUCAGCACAGCCGAGCUGCUGAGCGUGGAACUUCAGGACUCAGACCACACCAACCUCACGGUGCACCUGGAGCCUGAAAACACGGCGGCAUCACAGGCUGUUCACCAGGCAACGACGUCGGAGACGCCCUGUGACUUCGCUUUUAUGAUAGACUUGGGAAAAGGUGAUAGCUCGUCAGGUAGUCAACAAGAACAGGUCAUGAGGUGGUUGACACGCAGGUGAUGUGAUAUUGUUGUUAUAGUCUAGGCGAUCGGUGCAAAAUAUGGGUAGAAUUGCUCAGUUUGUGAUAAAAGCAUGAGACUUGGCAUGCUGAAGCAGGAGUACCUAAUUAACAUUUUCAGGGGUGGAGCCAUUGCAAAAAGUGUGUUACUUAGCAACGGUUGCUAGGCAACUUGUUUUUCCAACAAAACAGUAUUAUUACAUUCUAAUUGUGCCUAAAGGACAGUUCGCGAUGGCUCCACCCCUGAAAUUGUUUCUAGUGUCGUGUAGUACAUUUGUGCCAAGUUUCAUACUUUUAUCACCAUUUGAGCAAUUUUCGCACCGAUCGCCUAGGCUAGGCUAU